GCUUGAAAUAUAUCAUAUGCACUGAUUUGGUCCACAAGUCAAGUUGAAAUUUUUACACACUAAUUAAAUUUGUUCUAUUACACAAAACAAACUGCAGAUUCUCUGAUUAUCCUUCUUCUUCUCCUACUUAGAGAAAGAGAGCACCAAAUCAAUGGAGAUGAAGGUGAACGAGAAGCUAAGUGCCAUCGAACUUCUAAAACGAGCUGCGAAGCUACUCUUCGGUAACAUCAAUCUCGCUUUCUUCCUAUUCCUCUACUCUCUUCCUCUCUUUUGUUUCUUGAUCUUCUUUGAGCUCUCCCUCCAGACAACAAUCUCCCUCUCUUACCAACUUCUCUACCAACAACUCAAUUUUGAGGGUUACUUCGCUCGUCAAGAUCAGAAAGACUUGUCGGAGAAUGAUCUGAUUCCAUGGCUGAUCCAGACAUCUCUGCUCUACUUUAUCCCCUACAGCCUUCUCGACCUCCUCACCACCACCACGAUCGUUGCAGCAUCUUCCGUUGUUUACACGUCCGAGGAAGAACCAUCGGGGCUGGUUUCUUUGGUACGGAGAUCUGUAAAGAUAUGUCAGAACAGAGCAGGAGGUUGUCUGAUCACAUCUCUCUAUGUCCUUCUCUUGUCAACCUCUGUUUUCUUCGGUUUCUUCUCUGAUUCAACCAACUACUUAUUCAUUGCUUCUCUCUCACGCGAGCACCAAAGCUUCCGCAACCAAGCAGCGGUUCUGUUCCACGCGGUGGUGGUUCUGAUUCACGGUACUGUCUUCAUAGUACUGACUGCAAAGUUCAGCAAGUGGAGCGCAGGGUGGAACAUUGGUAUGGUGGUUUCGGUCUUAGAGGAGGAUGAAGAUGGUAAAGGCAUCUAUGGAACCGAUGCUCUGUCUAUCUCAGCUUGGUACGGAAGAGGACAUGAGAAGCGUGACAUAUGGUUGAUGUUGAUGUUCUUGGUCUUUGCUAUUGCGAUGAGGAUGCCAUGUUUAUAGUCCAAAUGCAGUGAGAAUUUGAAUGGAAAUGGAGUGUUGUACACGAGUCUCUAUGUGGGUUUGAUUUGUGUUGGAAAUGUAAUCAAAUGGGUAGCUUAUGUAGUGUGUUACUAUGAUUGUAGAGCUAGAGUUUUGGAGAAGAAGGAUGAUGUUGAGAUUGUAUCAAAAGCUAAGGCUUUUGCUACGUAGAUAAAUUGUUUUGAGAUCAUAAGUACCAAAGCUUGAAACUUUUGAUAAUUUCUCUAU